GUAUUUGAUUAGACACAGUUAUAAAAUGAGUGCUCUAACACACUAUUGCAGCUGAAUAAAUAUUCAACUUACACACAAUUACUGAAGCAAUGAGAUGCCAGCUGGUAUCCUUGAAGGACCAAACUUAGACAAAAUAUCAGAGAUACCAGGGGGCGUUGCAAGAAUUGUGUUAUCCGCACGAAAGGUCUGUGUUCUCACAGUCAAUUUUCUGCAUGUAUCUGAGGUACGCACAUAUGUUUCUGAUGGAGAAGAAAGUGGUUCUAAUUACAGGAUGUUCUUCUGGAAUUGGGCUUGGCUUGGCAGUACUUCUAGCCUCUGACACCUGCCAAAGGUUUAAAGUCUAUGCCACCAUGCGUGAUUUGUCUAAGAAAGAGCGUCUUCUGGAGUGUGUUCGGAACUGUCAUGUUGACACCUUUGAGAUCCUACAGAUGGACGUCACUGACCAGCAUUCAGUAUUGGCAACUAUUGAGAAGAUUAAGGAACAGCGAGUAGAUGUUCUAGUAUGCAAUGCUGGCGUUGGUUUGAUGGGUCCUUUGGAAUGUCACACAUAUGAAACCAUGAAGAACAUAUUUGAUGUCAACCUUUUUGGCACCAUAAGCACCAUUCAAGCCUUCCUCCCUGGAAUGAAACAAAGGAAGACAGGCAGGAUCAUCAUCUCCAGUAGUGUUGGUGGCCUUCAAGGUAUUCCAUUCAAUGAUGUGUAUUGUGCCAGCAAGUUUGCUGUGGAAGGAUUAUGUGAGAGCCUGGCAAUUGUCCUACAGCAUUUCAAUAUACAUGUGAGCCUUAUUGAAUGUGGCCCAGUAAGCACCAACUUUAUGAACAACCUCCACACCUGGGACCCCAGUGAUGGCUGCCUGCAGUGUGUGGACAGUGACACCAGAUCUCUCUACGCUCAGUAUUUGCAACACUGUAAAACAAUCUUCCAAGACGUGGCGCAAGACACAGAUGAGAUACUGCAGAUGUACUUGGAAGCCAUCGAGGCUCCUCUCCCAUCACUCAGGUACUUCACUACUCAGUUCUUCAUGCCUCUGACAAAGCUAAAGUUAUCCUGUGCAGGUGGAUCUGAGUAUGUCCAAGCCAUGCACAAGUUUGUGUUCUCCGGGACAAAGACAGAAGAGCAUCAGUAAAAUAAUCUCAGAGAAAUUAACUGAACUGUAUGUUUAACCAACUCAUUGCUUGUUGUACUUUUGUUAUGUUUGUGUAUAAAGAUACAUCUGCCAUCUGUGCUAAUUAUCUAUUUAAUCCUGUUUUUAUUUCUGUUUAUUUAUCAUAAUCCGAUGUGAUGUUUCUGGCAUUUAUUAUUAUGAUAUAAUUAUGAUAUUACACUCAUCAUUAACUGCAUUAUGAUUAAUCAUUGUAAACCCCACAUAACAAUUAAAGGUGAAACAGCUAUGUAAAGUACUGGAAAUCUAAUAAAGUUAAUCUCAUUUACAGA